GUCGGUAAGAAAGAUAUCAGGUAGGUCUUUCGUUGAAGAGAAGAGGAUCAAAUCGGGAACAGGAGAGAGAGAGAGAGAGAGAGAUGGCGUCGGGGUGGGGAAUAACGGGGAACAAGGGGAGAUGUUACGAUUUCUGGAUGGAUUUCAGCGAGUGUAUGUCACACUGCAGAGAGCCCAAGGAUUGUUCUCUUCUUCGUGAAGACUACCUCGAGUGUCUCCACCAUUCCAAAGAGUUCCAACGAAGAAACAGGAUAUACAAAGAGGAACAGCGUAAACUAAGAGCAGCUUCAAGGAAAGGUGAAGAAACUGGCGAUGCUUCUCAUACUCAUCAUUAGUAAUCACAUAUUUUUCUUCCUCCAAGUUUGCAUCAAGAAAGAAUAAGGAAAAGUUUCGUCAAGUUUCUGUAUGUUGUGUGUCGAACUCCCUUCUGAUUGUUUCCAGUUUGCUUCUGCAAUGAAUGUUUUGUUUUUUUUCUUCUCCUCUAUUUUUACCUUUGGAUUGAGUUGUAAUAUGGGCCUUUAGCCUGUUCAUCUCACACAAACUUGUUUCUUCAUGGCAAUAAUUUUAAAACAGACAUAGUGGAUGAAAUAAUGAAAUGAUACAUUUACUUUCUCUCA